UGAAGACCCACCCAUCGUCCAAACGACAUCUCGCGUCGACAUCAACAUUGCCAAUCAUCAGUUCUCCGACAACUGUUCGACCAUUAGUACCGCGUCAUCGAGUUCGACUUCAUCCAGCUCUAGUUCUUCGCCGAACUCUUCGCCUGGUCAAACAAAAACGAUCGAUGUGGAAGACACCAGUCCCAAGUUGAGUAGAAGGCAACGAAAAAAUAGAUUGAAUUCGACCACCCAGAAGAAAAUGAAAACUAAGGUGACGACUAGCAAAAAGCAAACAGUGGUGGCCCAGAAUUCGAUUCAGGCCAGCCGGCCUCCAGCGCCGCCACUGCGACAACACACUAAGCUGAACUUGUCCGAGAAUGAAUUGGUGAAGUAUUUGCGAGCUUAUUUAUUGAACGAGAGUCAGUUUUUGACUCUAGGGUAUCCUGUGGAAAGCUCUUUGUACCCUAAACGAGCGAUCAUAUAUAAAACUAACGAUCCUAGACAAAGUCCUCCGACUAAUGUCAAACUAUUUUACAACACGAGUUCUGCUUUUGUGCCGCCUAAUGCUGAGACUUCCUCCACCGAUUCUGGGCAAGGUUCUAGUGACGAAGAACCGAGCUCAAUGAGUGAAUUGGAACUUCAAAGUUUGAAAGUGAAGCAACGGCAAUUCUACAUCGAGGAGAAAAUGCAUAAACAACUAAUGCGUCAAGAUUAUACGAGUGAUGAGAAAAAGUGCGUGCGUUGCGGUAAAGGAUUUUUCGUUACCAAUGAUGGUGAAUACUUAACUCAAGAGCACUGUGCUUAUCACUGGGGCAGAUUGCAAAUUAACCCUGAUAACACUUACAAAAAGCAGGAAUACACAUGCUGCAAAGGCAAAUUAAAUUCCAAUGGCUGUGAAACUGGAAGAUUGCAUGUGUGGAAUGGUGUGGAUUUUGGAGUUAAUGGUCCAUUCGAUGGCUAUGUUAAAACCAAGACUCGCAAGAGUAAAAUGGAUAAUCCUGGUGUUUAUGCUUUAGAUUGUGAAAUGUGUUACACAGCUCAUGGUCUAGAAUUAGCUAAACUUACUGUAGUUGGCAGUGAUGGCAGAUUGGUCUACGAUGCUUUCGUCAAACCAGAAACUGAAAUAGUAGAUUACAACACAAGAUUCUCUGGAAUAACCGCCAGGGAUCUAUCAAAGCGAAACGGUACCACCUGCAAAUCUUUAAAAGAAGUACAACAUGAUCUUUUAGAAUUUAUAUAUGCAGACACCAUCUUAAUCGGUCAUGGUUUAGAAAAUGACCUGCGUGCUUUGAAAAUCCUGCACAAUACAGUCAUCGACACAGCCAUUGCCUUCCCACACUAUUAUGGCUUACCAUUUAGAAGAAGCUUGAGAAGUUUAGCCAGUAGUUUCUUAAAACGUGAUAUACAGUGUUCCGAGAGUGGACAUGACAGCUUUGAGGAUGCUCGGGCCUGCGUUGAACUGAUGCUGUGGAGAAUCAGAAAAGAUCGAAGUAAUAGUAACAGCAUCAAGCAAGAUGCUAAUUAGGUGCUAGAGUGA